AUGCGUGCACAGCGUGGUCGUGGUCAUUUGAGUCCAGAGUCAGGUAUGAGUAACAACUACCAACCAUAGAUUUUUUGGGAGUAUUAUUUCAUCAAAAAAACAGUCUUUUUUAGUUUUCUCAAGUCUCACCCCCUCUUAUAUAAAGGCUUGCACCACGUGCUCGUCGUCAUUUCAAUUGAGAUUCAGGUAUGAAUAACAACUAUGAACAAUAGAUUUUUGACGAGCAUUAUUUGGUCAAAAAAGAGUCUUUUGUGGAACUCAUGUAUAUUUUCGAAGAAAAUAGUGAGUGUAAGUUUUCAGUUCGAGGUUUGGCGGCUCCCCCUCCCCUCUCCACCC